AUGUCGACCGACGCCUUGCCACCCGACUCGUCGACCGUCGACGUCGAUCCCGACCACCCUCCGACCACCGUCGACCACCACGGGAUGCAGUCUGACGAGCUACAGGUCCAUCAGGACGACGAGCAAGACGACGACGACGACGACGACGACGACGACGACGACGACGACGACGACGACGAUCAGCUCGAGGACGAUCAGGUCGAGGUCGAGGGCUAUGGUACGUUCCCCUGCUACCUAUCGGCUCCUAGACCGUUCCAGUCGAACCGGCGAACGUAGCUCUGCCCUUGAGCCAGCUCGUUCUCGUAGAUGUCGGUCUCUCUCCGCAGCCGCACUGGCCGUCGCUCGGUCUCAGUUCUCGGUCGAGCCACGGCCAGCACAUCACACCACUAUUGCAGCUAUCGCAUGCGAGCAUGAACUGAUCGAACCCUGUUCUACCACCACAGAAUCCUCCUCCUCGCCGAGCACCAACACCUCGACGCUCACCUGGAUCACCUGGUUCUGCUCCCUCCCCGGCCACGAGUACUUUUGUGAAAUCGCAGAGGUGGGUACAACCCCUUGCUCUGACGUUGGAUCACCCCGCUGACCCCCCCCCCCCCCCCCCCCCCGAUUCGAACCAGGACUUUAUCGAGGACGACUUCAACUUGACCGGCCUCUCGGGCUUGGUCCCCUUUUACAAAGAGGCGAUGGAGAUGGUCUUGGACGUCGAAGCAGGCGAGUACACACACCCCUUCCCUUCGAGUCAUGUCCAUCUUGCACACCACUGACCAACCAUGGAUCCCAGCAGAAGAGGAAGCCCACCGAGUACCGGACGUGUCGAUCGUCGAAUCCUCCGCCGAGCUCCUCUACGGCCUCAUCCACCAACGCUACAUCCUCACCCGACAAGGCUUGCAACAGAUGGCAAGUCACCCCCCCCCCCCCCCCCCCCCAAAAAAACAAGCUGCAUCCUGGCAACAACAUCGACCGACUGACCACAGCUAUUGUCCCUGCUAUCCCCAGUACGCCAAAUUCGACGCCUCCCAUUUCGGCACCUGCCCGAGGGUCUAUUGCUCCCUGUCCAAACUCGUCCCCUGCGGUCGAUCCGACUUGCCCGGCGUCGAUACCGUCAAACUGUACUGCCCCAGUUGCGUCGAAAUGUACACCCCCCCGAGUUCGAGGUAUCAGGGGGUCGAUGGUCAGUCACAAACAACCCCGUGCGGUCUCUACUCGAUGACUUUUCCCGACCGACCCUUUCUUCUUCCACUUCAUCCCAGGCGCUUUCUUCGGCACGACCUUCCCCCACCUCUUGUUCCAAACCUACCCCUCCCCUCUAACCUUUCCCCCUCCCGCACCCGCACCCGCACCCGCACCCGCACCCGCACCCGCACCCAAUACGACCGAUUCCGAACCGAACGCCACAAGAAGGAGGGAAUUGACGACCCCGACGACGAGUUUGGCCAAGGUGUACGUACCGAGGAUUUAUGGGUUCAAGGUUUCGGAAAGGGCGAGGAGUGGGCCGAGGAUGCAGUGGUUGAGAAUGAGGGUCAGUCCGUCGUCGUUGGGGAACGCACGAAAGGCUUGGAGGAGUCUACUUCUACUUACUCUCUCAAGGUGGAAUUUGGUCUCGUAGCCGAGAACGGAAGGUGAACUCGAUUGGUCCGAUCAAGACGAUUUGGGACCUCAUGCCGAUGAAGACGAUGGUGAUGAAACGCGUCGUGCUCAUCGCGGUGGAGGAGGAGGGGGAAGGGGGAAACUCUUCGGCGAUGACGACGAAGACGAACAAGGUGGGCCCAAUAACGAAUCUGAAGAUGCGUCCGAUCAAGACGCCGUUGUUGGAGCAGGGGGAGGGGAAGGGGAUGGAGCAGGUGGGACCACACCUGGUGAACCUAUGCAGAUGAGUGGUGUGGUCGUCGCUGAGAAACAAGCGAGUUUGUCGGAGAGUGUCAGGAGGCAUGUCGCGAGGGCCAAGGAGGAGAUGGUGAGAUUUGCUUCUGGCGGUGGAGCAGGGAACGGGAACGGGAAGGUCAUGGCUGUGAGAUCGACGUCCGUUGGGGUCGGGGCUUGA